CAGUUUCUGGAGUAAUCUAGACAAGUACUAGAGUAGCGGGCGUUGAGCGGACUGCUACAUUUUAUGAAAAUGCGUAAGAUGGCGAUAAUCUAUCCAUCUCCGAGGUCUAGUUAGUAUAUAGAGCCAGGCUUGUGAGUCAAGUGUCUAUAAGUGCUGACCGUGUGGAACCUGUGGCCGUCCGCGCGGAGACUACUGAUCAUCGCACUCGUUCGAUUUUCCUUCCAAGUAUUCCCCCAGGUAAUCAAACAAGUGUACCAACACCUUUCUUAUAAAUCAGAAAUGUCGGCAGAAACCUGGCAGGACGUGCCCCUCGCACCCCCCGAUAGCAUCUUUAAGCUCACUGCAGCAUACAAGGCAGAUCCGUACCCACAGAAAGUUAACCUCGGGGUCGGAGCAUACAGGGAUGACGACAACAACCCUUGGGUCCUGCCUGUCAUUAAAAAAGCGACGCAAAUUUUGCUGAAUGACCCCACUCUUGAUCAUGAGUACCUACCCAUCACCGGCUUACCGGAGUUCACGGCUGCAGCUGCGAGGCUCAUUCUCAGCCCCACUUCACCUGCUCUUGCCGAAGGACGUGUGGUCAGUGUGCAGACCAUUUCCGGGACAGGGGCAAACCAUCUCGGUGCUCUGUUCUUGAGCAAGUUUUACAACUGGGAUGGACCGAAGCAGGUGUAUCUGAGUGAUCCUACUUGGGCCAAUCAUCACGCCAUCUUCAGAAACGUAGGAAUUGAGCCGCUCAAUUACCCGUAUUACGAUCCGAAAACGAUUGGAUUAGACUUUAAUGGUUUCAUCGGAACACUGGAGAGUGCAGCCCCUCGCUCUGUGUUCCUACUCCACGCCUGCGCCCACAACCCAACGGGGGUCGACCCGACCGGUGAGGAAUGGGAGAAGAUAGCGGAAAUCAUGUUGUCGAAGAAACAUUACGCGUUCUUCGACUGUGCUUAUCAGGGAUUCGCGAGCGGGGACCUUGAUAAGGACUCAUCCGCGGUACGGUACUUUGUGGAGAAGGGAGUGCCGAUGCUGGUGUGCCAGAGUUUCGCAAAGAAUGCGGGUUUAUACGGCGAGCGAGUAGGAGCGCUGCAUGUUGUGCCUCCGACGAAGGAUGCAGCUGAUAGGGUGAAGAGCCAGCUGUCGGUGAUACAGCGGAGUGAAAUUAGCAAUCCGCCAUCGCACGGAGCACGACUGGUGGCGCUGAUCCUGAAUGACGCGGGGCUGUUCGAGGAGUGGAAACGGGACAUCAAGACGAUGGCAGGACGUAUUAUUGAUAUGCGCCAGGAGCUGUACUCGGUGUUGAGUGAUGAGCUGAAGACGCCGGGAAGCUGGGAGCACAUCAUUAACCAGAUUGGGAUGUUCAGUUUCACGGGAAUCAGCGCAGAGCAGUCGAGGGAGCUGACGGAGAAGGCACACAUCUACCUGACAACAAACGGGAGGAUAUCGAUGGCUGGGCUGAACAGCCACAACCUGAGGUAUUUUGCGGAGAAUCUGGACAAAGUGGUGAGGGGCGAGCUGUAGGAUACGGGGAAAUAGGCCGGAUUGUGUGCGAAAGUGAAAGAUGACGUAGCUGUACCUCGUGGCAUAAUAAUAAACAAUGACAUCACUGUGAUUUGAGUCGUGAUUCUGGACUUGGCCACUCUAUUUGGCCCUCGUCCUCCGUCUCGCUCUCCAGACU